AUGACGGUGAGGGUUCGCUUCGCGCCAUCACCUACUGGUUUGCUUCACCUGGGAGGGCUGCGGACGGCUCUCUACAACUUUCUCUUCGCGCGCAAGCAUGGCGGUCGUUUCAUCCUCCGCAUUGAAGACACGGACACAGCACGGACUGUCCCUGGCUCAGCCUCCCUCCUCCUCCGUAUGCUACAAGAUGCCGGCAUAGGCCCCGACGAGGGGUACGGAGUAGGCGGCGAUCACGGUCCCUACGUGCAGUCAGAGAGGAAGGAGCUUUAUGCAGCAGCAGCAGCAAGACUGGAGCAGGCAGGGUUGGCGUACCGCUGCAGCUAUGACGAUGCGGAGGUGGAGAGGUACCGGAAGGAAGAGGAAGCGCGCGUUGGCAGCUUCGUCUUCCGGAGGCGAGCAGCUGAGGAUCUCCUGGGAGGAGCAGGAAGAAGAGGAGGAGGAGUGAUCCGGCUAGAUGCUGAGCGAGCGCUGCAGCAGCUGGGAGAGGCUGAGGUGGAUGAUGCCAUCCUCGUCAAGUCUGACGGGCUGCCGACUUAUCACCUGGCAAGCGUGGUGGACGACCAGAACAUGGGCAUCUCGCACGUCAUCCGAGGCGAGGAGUGGCUCUCCUCCGCUCCCAAGCACAUCCUCCUCCACAGGGCCCUUGGACACCCUCCCCCUCCAUUCGCUCACCUGCCCCUCCUGCUCAACCCUGACGGCGGGAAACUCUCCAAGAGGCACGAGCAUGGGACCGUUGAGAGUUUCGUGCGCCAGGGCUUCGAGAUGAAGGCGAUCUUGAGCUACACGGCGAGCAUGGGCUUCACUCCCUCCAAGGAGAUCAUGACUGUCAAGGAACUGAUAGAAGAGUUCGAUCUAUCCAAGGUACACAAGCAUGGGACGCGAGUAGACAUCGGCAAGUUCAGCUCCAUCCAGACGUCGGUGCUGCGGGGGAUGUGCCAGGACUCGGAGGGCAGGAGAGGCUUGUGGCUCGAGCUCGGUCCUCGCCUGCGCGAGCUCGUCAAGGUCUCGGGCCAGCCGAUCCUCGCCGACCGGGUGGAGGACGACAAGUACUUCGAGGAGGUGGUGAAGACGGUGGUGGAGCGAGUCGAGCGGAGGAGCGAGAUACUGUCGCAAUUUCUCUACUUCUGGACAGACCCUGAUCCUGAGGCCCUCGCUUCUCAUACGGCAGCCGAGGCUCGCGAGCAAGUCAUCGCACACCUAGAGAACUUCGAGCAGGAGCUGCAGAAGCAAGCCGAGAGGAGGGAAGGAGGAGGACUGGACGUGCUGAUAGAGGAAGCGAGGAAGGCAGCGAAGGCAGCAGGAGCGAAGGCUAUGAGCAAGGGAGCGAUGAUGAAAUUUGUUCGCCUCGCACUGACAGGAAAGGACGGCGGCCCGUCCCUCACUGACAUCUUCGCUCUGCUUGGGCCUCCUGUCAGUCUUCGUCGCGUCAGCUCCUCCCUCAAGUUCCUCCGCGCUCCUGCUGCUCCCUCUAGCUAA